UAUGGAUGGGUCGGGGUAUCACACUACCAAUGUUUUCGGAGAGGCAAAUCAGCCUGCGCCGAGGCAUCGGACCGUCCAACCCUCAAAGUCCGUGUCUAUAAAAUCUGCUUUUGCAAAACCCUAACCCAAGCUCGGAACCAUGGAGACCAGGGCCGUGAAGGACGUCUCGCCUCACGAUUUCGUAAAGGCGUACGCCGCCCACCUUAAGCGAUCCGGAAAGAUGGAACUUCCUCAUUGGACUGAUAUUGUGAAGACUGGGAGGUUCAAAGAGCUUGCUCCAUAUGACCCUGAUUGGUACUACGUCAGAGCUGCUUCCAUGGCAAGAAAGAUCUAUCUGAGACAGGGUACUGGCGUUGGUGGUUUCCAGAAGAUUUAUGGAGGGCGCAAGAGGAAUGGAUCCCGUCCGCCACAUUUUUGCAAGAGCAGUGGUGCAAUAGCUCGCCACAUCUUGCAACAAUUGCAGAAUAUGAGCAUUAUUGAGAUUGAUCCAAGAGGUGGGAGGAAAAUAACUUCCCAGGGGCAACGUGAUCUAGAUCAAGUAGCAGGACGGAUUGUCGUUGUUCCUUGAAUUGCUACAGUUCUGGUCCAUCAUCCAUGAGCUACGGUGGUCUUUGGCAGUUUUGGUUUUAGGAUUUCCCUCUUCAGUCUAUAAUUGUCAGCUUCGAACCUUUAUUAAGUAGCAAAGUCCAUGGCCAUUGCAUUAUUCUUGACAAGACUUCUGAUUGUUUGCUAAUCAAUUUUAUCAUGUCUGAUAUUUUAAUGUUGAUGCUGAAAGUUUCGAACAUUUACCAUAAGCUUAACGGAUUAUUGAUUGCGUUUCCUACA